AUGGGUAAUAAGGUCGCUUAUAGACUCCCAUCUAUUAGCCUGCUUUCGUUGGAUUUCCCCCUUCCCGGGUAUCAAACUGCGCAAACCUCUCCCCAGCUUGGCCAGUCCUACUACGUUUCGCAUCCUGCAAAUUUGGGCCCUGGCGCUGCCCCUAUGCCUGGUUCUAAUGCUAUCCAAGCCACAGCUACUCCGGCUUACGCAUACGGAGAUCAAGGAGCUACUCUGAUUCUCAAUUCGCCGUUUGAAGGCUCAUUUUCCUCCAAUAGUGGCCGCGGAUCACCCUCCGGUAGCGUUGUUCCCAAGAUGGCCGUCGCUGCUCCUCAUCAAAUCAACGAGGCUGCCAUUGAAUUCAACAACAGAUCAGGAAUUCCUUCAAUUGCAGCCAUUACUGCAGCUCCCGCUUUGUCUAGUGCGCAGUCGUCUGCUGUAUCUUCGCCCCCUGGAUACCAAUACGUGUCUGUUGCUCCUCAACAGCAAUGGCCUAGACAUUCCUCAGAAUACAUCAUCUCAUAUAACAGUCCUCAAGGGCUGUCUCCAUCUACCUCGAUAGUGCUGUCGGCUGGCUCCACCGCGCCCGAGUCCCAUGCCAUCUCAUCUAAGGAUUCCAAUAUCGUCGCUACUGCUCCUCUGGAUACACAAAACACUGUUUCGUCCCAGUCUCCAUCUACCUUGGAACAACACCUAGAUACCAGUCCUGAGGCUGAACCUCCAGUAGGAAAGCCCAGCCCUAGUUCAGGCCGGGUUCUGAAGCCUACCAGUAGCGAAUCGCUGAAACGGAAAAAGAGACAAUGCCCCGAGUGCCAUUUAUUCUUCUCUAACUUGGCCACUCAUAAAUCCACUCACCUUAAUCCUACGGCACGUCCUCAUGUUUGUAAGAUCUGUGGUCGUGGUUUCAGUAGACCUAACGAUUUAUUCCGCCACUUCAAAUGUCAUUGGAAAAAAAUAGGCGCUGACGGUGGCCAAUUCAAGUGCCCUUUCAAAAACGGACCUCGCGGUUCUCACUGCUGCCACUUGCUGGGUAUCUUCUCCCGGUGUGACACAUACAAGAAUCACUUGAAAGCGAUCCACUUCCAAUACCCAAGCGGUACUCGGAAAAGUGAGAGAAGCUUCGUUCCCGGAUGUUGCAGACUCUGUAAAAAGGAAUUCUCAAAUGUUGAUGAUUGGUAUUCUACACAUGUCGACAACGGUGAAUGCUCCUACAUCGGCAAAAGCACGUAA